GGCUCUUUCACUGCCCGAGUGCCCGAGCAUCUGGCAACUCAAACACCGCCGGUCACCGUUUCUGUUUUUCACGCUUGCUAGAUAGAUCAUGUUAGAUACUGAGUCCUAACUGGAUAUGGAAGAUUCGACAUAUUUUUAAUAAUAUGUGGAAUAAAGAUAAUCAGUGCGUUUUUUUAUUAUUAAUAGUAAUAAGUGGAUUAGUUUUUGUUUAUAAAUCAUUCAAAAGCAUAGGUGGUGCACUAGUAUUUUUUCUAGCCGUCAUUUUUGGAUAUUGUACUUUGAUGGUAAAUCGUGCUUAUACAUUUGAACUUUGUCAAAUAAUAAAAACAUUCUAUUGGAACAAUAUUGUUGAAAAAAUGGAGCGUCGCCGUCGGAGUACUUAUCAAUUAAGCUCAGAUUUCUUUGAGGUAUCUCGAAGAGGACACAACUUACCUGCUCCACUAGUCGAGGAAUUAAGUCCAAUUCGUAAGGUUAACUAUUACAAUUGCAAAUCGAAGUUUUUGGCUUGUGAGGGUCGUCGAUCACUUGACAAAUUGACAUCAUCAUCACUUAUUCAUUGGGAUUCAUGUGGAAAAAAAAUUGUUGAUGUUGACAAUGGCAUAACUGAUCCACAAUGGGGCUCGAGUUUUGGUCCAAAAAUAACAUCACGAUCAAUGGGUGUGCAGAGCAUUCAGACUAGUGCUGGUCCUCUUUUGGCGUCAAGCAGAUACAAUAUUGAUCCUAAGACAUACACUGACAUAAGAUCACCAGGCCUUACGUCACGUCUAACUAAAUAUGCCGCAGAAGCAAAUACAAAAUUAAUUCAUCAAUCGCAGUAUCGAUCUGGUCAAUUUCCCAAAAUAAAUUUAAGCUCGAGUCCAAUACCAAUUGUUAAUUUAAAAUCAACAAAGUUAAAUACACCAGUUAAAGUGAGGAUAGCUCAGCCGAAAACAAAAUAUUCAUCACUAGAUAAACACAAAUUGUUGUCAAGUUGUAAAGUUAACAAAAGUAUAAAAACGUCAAGUGUCGGGCAAGUAUUGCGUGAAAUAUCAUUGAAAAGACAUGCAUCAACAGACGAUAUUUCUGAUUUUAUCAAAAAACAACGUACUGAUGAAUUAGAAAAUUUUGAAGAAGAAAUUUCCCAAAAACGUUGUCGUGACGAGUCCUCAAGAUCUGAGGAUGAUAUCAGUAUUGAUAAAACAUCAAUGAGGCCAAUUAAAAAAACAAAAAAACCAUCGUGUUACGAUGUCUUAAGCUCAUUAAGUUCGAGUAGUAAUAUGGUGUGUGGCGUGAAAAGGAAAGCUGAACUAUCUCGCAAUGACACAUCUGAAAUGGAAAAACCCUAUAAAGCUCUGAAAAAUAAUAGUUUUAGAGAGUCAACAUCAUUGAAUGUAAGCUUUGAUUUUAUCGAGUCAAAUAAAAUAAACAUGAGUGAUGGUGAUAUCAAAGAGUCAGUUAACAAUCGUGAUUCAUUUUCGGAAUUAAUGCCCAAGUCACCAAAAAGAAGUUCAACUCAAGAAAUUGAUCAAUCACAAUCAAAUAUAGAAAUCAGUCAAAUAUCGAGCCCAGAAAGUCCAGCUAGCCAGAUGAAAAAAAUCUAUGCACCUAUUAAAUUGUCAGAAAGAUUGUUUAUGAAAGAGGAACCACAAAAUAUUGAUCAAUUAAAAGCUCUUAUUGAGGAUCAGGAAGACUCAAAAAUACAAUUCUCAAAAAGUAGUAGUGAUGAAAUUAAAAAAUCAGAUAUUGUUAUGAUGCGACAGACAAGUAUGAAAAACAAGCUAAAGAGUAUGUUCGAUGCGAUAUCAGGAAAUGUUUCCAGCAAAAUCAAUCCUAGUGUGGUAAUAAGAGCUGAUAAAGAUGAUUUAAUACCCGCAUCAGAUUCACCAUUGAAUACUGAUCCUAUGAUUACCACGCUUAAUUCUCUUACAUCAACAACAAGCACCAAUACUUCACCGAUUUCAACAUCAGCAAUUUUACCGUAUAUUGAAAGAAAAAAAGAUGUACCAGCGAAACAUGUGACCUUCCAGUUACCGUUUUCGUCCACAGCAUUAACAACCAAUAGUAGUACGAAUUCAACUUCAAGUCUCGUCCAGCAGCCAACUGAUGCCAGUACUCCAACACCAAUAGAAACAUCGAAUCCUUUAUCGUCAGCACCGCCGUUCAACAUUUCUACGUCUCCUUCAAGAACUAGUAAACCGACAAUAAAGGUCGCAAUAUCUUCAAAUCAGGCUCACGCAGCGUCAGUGGUACCAAAAUUCAGUUUUGGUUCGUCUGGAAACUCAUUAAGUACCAUAACAACCACUAAAACUUCGGACUCUUCAUUUUCACUCUCAAAUAUAGGGGAAAAUUCAACUGCAGCAUCAGGUUUCUUAUUGCCAGCAUCAACCACGUCCAGUGAAUCUCUUGUGACAUCAAGCAAUGCACUUCAAAUAAUCUCACAAACAUCAUCUCCAAUAGCAAAAUCGAAUAUAAUCUUUGCAACCCAGCCAGUUGUUACAACGAAUCUUCUUUCUUCAGGAAACAUACCAUCGCUAUUUGAUGCUUCCUCCACCAAUAAAUCUCAGUCAGCUUCAUUAAUUUUUGAUUCAACGUCAAUAUCUAAACCUUCAGCUAAUGCCCUGGGAAUCUCUGCUUCAUCAAGUUCAAUAACUCAAAUGAACCCAACUAAUGCAACAAACCUUAAAGCUGAUAACGGAUUUAAAAUAAAUGUAAGUAGCUCGGGUACUUUUCCAACGUUUGGAUCUUCUGCAUCUACCGCCAUAACCCCAGGUAACUUUGCACCAGCAACAACGUUAGCUGCAGAUAUUACAACACCAGCAUUUUCGUUCGACGCUUCAGAUAAAAAACAAUUUACCUUUGGUGUACAAAGCACAUUACCAGAAACUACCGGAACAGCAAUACCUACAACUUCAUCUUUUACAACACCAAGUACCUCAAUAGAUUCUAAGUUUUCUAUAGUAUCUUCAGCCUCGAUGUUUAGUGUUACAUCACCAGCGUCAUCAUCAACUUCUAUAUUCACGUCCUCUGGCGCAUCUAGCUCAUUAUUUCCAACAACAACAGUAUCUCAAAAUAAUUCUCAGCAACCAACCUCAAUUUUUCAGACAAGUACACAGAAAAAUUUGUCAGUAUUCACAUCUACUUCAGCAAAAAAUUUAUUUGGUGUGUCAAAAACUGCACCUCUCCCUUCAUUCGGAGCUACUGUUACAACUACUUCAAAUUUAUAUAAUACACCACCGACAACUGCAACAUCUUCAUUAUUUGGUGCAAGCGGCAAAUCAUCUCAUCUGACAACCAAACAAUCACACGAAUUUGGACCUACUUUCGAAUCGAGUUCAAUCGGUAGCUUCAGUAACAAUUCAAACAAUCUUUUCUCAAAUAACCCAGCCUCAGAUACUACCUUUUGUAAACCGAAUUCUGAUACACCAACGCUGGCUUUUGGAGAGUUAAUUUCUGGUACAUCUACAUUCAAAGCAACUAACUCGGCUGUCUCAGUUUUUGGCUCUUCAACUGAAAAUACACUCAAUAGUUCUAAUACGAAUAAUAUAACAUCAAGCUUUGGCACUUCUAAUGGUUCGACAUCCUUAUUUCAAAAUGUUACAAGUUCCGGAUUUAUUGCCAAAAAUUCAGCUCUACCUGCUUUUGGCACACAUAGUCAACCACCUCCACCAUUUCCAGUUUCCAAUACCAGCUUCUCGGAACUUGAACAAACUGCAAAAAAUACAUGUAAACCAAAUCAAUCAACUACUUCGUCUGGAUUUGGGUCGCACAGUUUUGCAUCGCCAAGUGGAAACAAUGAUGUCAACAGUCCAUUCACCUUUGGAACAUCACAGAGUGCAACUAGCCAACCUCAAGGACAAUCAAGUAAAAUUUUUGGAUUUUCUGGCGCUGGAAGUACCACAGACAAGCAAGCUAGUAAGUCAACUUCAUUGUUUCAGUUUGGUACUUCUCAAGCUGCUCAGACUAGUGGUCAAUUCAACUUUAGUGCAAAUACUCCUGCCUUAUCAAGCACUCCAUCGUUCUCAGCACAACCACCUUCUGCAUUUGGACCUGGUAUUGCUUCUGUUGUUGCUAGUGGUAAUGGUGGAGGUGGUGGAAUGUUUAGCAUUGGAUCAGGCUCAACAGCUCCACGAAGGGCGAUUAGGCAAGCAAGACGACAAAGAUAAUGUAAAAUGUAAAUUUAUUAAUUAUCAUAAUCAUUGUUAGUAUUAAAUAAUUUAUGUUUGUCGUUUGUCGUUUUUUUUUUUUUUUAUUGUGACAAUACAAAAAUUUAUAAAUUGUGUUGUCAUAUUUUUAAUAAAUAAUAGCGUUUUUACUUGAUUCAAUGGGUAAAUGCUUUAAAACAUUGCUGUAGCAAUGCGAAUAGUUUUCACA